GUGGCGCCAAAGCUUGACAACAAAGCGGCGGUGUGCUGCCUCCAACCAACGGGCGCUAAACUAAAGUCCCCAAAAGCGUCUUAAACGUCGUGAUAAAUGUACGUCUCUGAAACAGUUGACGGGUUUAAAGAGGAGUUCUAAUAACCGGUCCGUUACUUUUAUAAAUGUCAUCAUGGCUUCGAAGAGCGACCAACUCCUCGUCGUUGUGUCCAUCCUGGAAGGUCGCCACUUCCCCCGGAGCCCCCGCCUCAGCCUGGUGGUGCGGGCGAGCUUCGACGGCGAGCAGCUGGCCACGGACCCCGUGGAGCACCGGGACCAGCCGCUCUUCAGCACCGAGCUGGCCUGGGAGCUGGACCGCCGGACGCUGCACCAGCACCGACUGCAGAGAACUCCCAUCAAGCUUCAGUGUUUCGCCGUGGACUCGGAGACCAAGAGGAGCGAGAGCGUGGGCUACGUGGUCCUGGACCUCCGGUCCGUGCACGAGGCCCAACAGGAGCCUCGCUGGUUCCCGCUGCUGAGCAGCCGGUACACCAAACUGAGGCCGGCGCUCCUCGUGGGCGCCGCGCUGGAGAGCGACGCCAAGCCCGCCGAACCCUCGCCCGAUGGGUUCAAGGCCAAGAAGGCCCCGCCCAGACGAGGAGCUCCGGCUGCCAGCGAGCUGCUGCCGGCCCGGCUGGAGGCCCGGCUGGAGGCCACGCUGGUCCCAGAGCAGGGCUUCCACCAGGUCGGCCCCGCUGACCUCUGCUCCGACAUGUUCGUGCUGUCCGUCACCGUGGCCUUCGCUACCAAACUGGAGCAGUUGAUCCCCAGCACCACCAGGCUGUCGGCGGAGGGGUCGGGCUUCUUCUUCUACUACUCGCUGCUCGGGAACGACAUCACCAGCGAGCCCUUCGGCAGCCUGCUGAGCCCCGACUUCGAGCCGGAGCGCGCCUCUGUGCGCAUCCGCAGCAGCAAGCAGGUCCUACGCGCCUUCCUGUCCCAGCAGCCCGCUCUACAGAUCCACCUUUGCUGUGGGACUCGCUCCCUGGGGGGCACGGACGUCCCCCUCGCCGCUCUCUCUGCCGUGUGCGAGGACCUGGAGAACAAGGCGGCCACGGUGGAGGGGGCGUUUGUGCUGCAACCCCCCGAACGCAGCAAUCGGGCGCCGUCGGCUCUGCCCGCCGACCUGCAGCCGACUGUGGGGGUGGCGGUCACUUUGAGGAGGGAGGAGGUCACACUCAAGUCUUUAGGGACUAAAGAAGCUCGCUCCGACCCUCCGGCUGCAGAGAGGCCUCCGAGUUCACCUCCUACUCGACCGCCUUCAGGUCCUCCUCCUCUUCCUCCUCCUUCCUCUCACACAGAGAGCGAGGCGGAGAGCCUGCUGGAGGAGCUUCCUGUGCAGCAGCAGCAGGGUCGGACCGAGGCUGCGGCGGAAGGCGGAGCUUCAUCCGUCAGCGUCUCCGCCCCCAAAGUGUCCGUCCCCUCCUCCGCCCACCACUACUGCUUCUCUCUGGACCUCCGCGGCUUGAGAAACCUCAGCCCCACGCACGCCAUCGCCGCCACGCUCAGAUAUUCGUACCACUUCUUCGGCAGCGCGGCGCCCAUCAUGACCCGCCCCCCCCUGGAGCUGCAGAGGAACGCCGAGGCGUCUCCGCCUCAGUCCUACUGCGCCUUCGACUUCGCCGCUCUGCCGCAGCAGCUGCAGGACACCUUCCUCAGAGUUCCUCUGGUGGUGGAGGUCUGGCACAGAGACUCCACCAGCGGGGACCAGCUGAUUGGACGAGCCUCCCUCCAGCUGUCCCCCCUGCUGAGCUGCGAGAGGACCCGACUGCUGUCGGCGGCGGGGGAGCCGAGCUGGAGGCAGACUCACCAGGACCGGGUCGCCGUGGUCGCGGCACAGCGGGCCAGCGAGAAGGUGGCGGAGUUGAGCUACGUGGCGACGCUGGAGGACUUCGGGUUGGUUAAAGCCAGAGAAGUCGUCGUGGUCGACUCCUCACAGAGUGAACCUGCGGCCCCCGCACAGCCGGCCCCCCACCCUGCGGCGCCCGGCCCCAGCGUGGCCCCCAGAGACACGCUGGAGUACCGCACGGCGCUGGAGCUGGAGCUGUGGAAGGAGGAGCAGGAGGACCUGUUCGACGACCAGUUGAGGAGGAAGGAGCUGAGCCACAUGAAGGCUCUGGCCCUGGAGUGGAGGAGGCGGGACGGGGAGAGAGAAGCUCUGGUCCAGAAGAAGGAGGCGGAGUUUAACGCGCUGGAGGAGACGCUGCAGAGGACUCUGUCCGACCUGGAGACCCGAGAGAAGCAGCUGGCUGAAGCCGAGCUGGAGACCCGGCGGCUGCAGAAGGAGCUGCAGGCCGAACACGACCUCGCCCACAGGGAGCUGCAGGAGGCCGGCAGGAGGCUGCAGCAGGACUGUGACCACCGGGUGGCGCUGGAGAAGGACAAAGUGCGACAGGUGGAGGAGGAGCGAGUCCGCCUGCUGCAGCAGAUGUCAGAUGCAGAUGCUCGCUACAAACAGCUGGAGAAAGAGUUCCAGAUGUUCAGAGAGCAGCAGAACGUGAGGCCGGAGUUCAGACUGCAGUCAGAGGUCAACCUGCUCACUCUGGAGAAGGUGGAGCUGGAGCGGAAGCUGGAGUCCACCACCAAGUCCAAGCUGCACUACAAGCAGCAGUGGGGGCGGGCCUUAAAGGAGCUGGCCAGGUUCAAGCAGCGGGAGCAGGAGAACGCCAUGACGCGUCUGAAGAAGCAGCAGGCGGAGCUGGAGGCCAUGAGGCUGCGUUACCUAGCAACCGAGCAGAAGGAGGCGGUCCAACUGGAGAGGCGGGAGCUGGACGACAUCAAGAACCAACUCAACAGAUUGAAGCAGCAGGAGGACAGCUUAGGCCCCGCCCCCUCUUCGGCAGGCCCCGCCCCCACACGUAGCCCAAACGAGGGCGCCGAGGAGCACCUGAGCCGCCUGCUGGAGGAGAGAGACACUCUGCUGAGGACCGGCGUCUACACCCACGAGGACCGGAUCAUCUCCGAGCUCAACAGGCAGAUCCAGGGGGCCAUGAGGGAGGGGGCGGGGCUCUGAGAGGGCGGGGCCAUGAGGGAGGGAGGAGGCGGGGCUCUGAGGCGUGUUUUUAUUAUUACUAUUAUGUGUUAAGUUAUUCGUGGGCUUUGAUCCUUUGUGCAGAACGGAAAGAUUUCAGAUUUGAUGCUGUGAAACAUUUAUUUUUAUCAUCAGAACAAACGGAUUUCUAAGUUUGUCCUCAAUAAAUUAUUUUUGGGAA